AUGGUGUGUCUUUGAGCCAGGAGACCAUGCAGCUCGGGCAGGAUGCUCCGGAUGAUGUCCUCAAAGAGCCUCAGCCUUGCAAAAGACCUGCAGCCGCCAAGAGCUCUUCCCUCAUGAAGCGCCCAGCCAGUCAGGCUGCUGAAGCCUCAAAGCCCAAAGCGGCUAAGAGCGCUCCAAAGCCCAAAGCGGCUAAGAGCGCUCCAAAGCCCCAGGCGAAAGUGAAAGGGGAGCCCAAGCCCAAGCCGCUGGGCAAAAAGCAAAAGCUUGCUGCUGUUUUUGCCGGAGAGCCCGCCUCUGCGGCUCCCGCUGACCCUUCCAUCCCCGAGGAGGAAGUUGAGGUAGCCGAGGGCGCCGAGGAGUCUCGGGACCGCUCCAAAGCGGCGCGCUUCUUCCAGCUCAUGCGAGGGGGCUCUCUGCCCGAGGCGGUCCUGUCCGAGUGGCAGAAGUCUGGGCCCGCAAGGACCGUUGAGCGGACAGAGACGGCUACCGACCGCCAGUCUGGGUUUGGCAAGACAGUCUUCAUGAGGAUGUACCGCUUCGACACGGACGAUGACUUGCAAGCGGCCAUCGACGCGGGAGACGUCAUGACGUUCACGACGAACGGAAAGACCAUGUACGCGGUUGUCAACGUGGAGCUGAACACGUCGGCGAAAAAAAACAACGCGGAGACCAUGGCGUCCGACGUGCUGGAGCUCUCCGCAGAGACUGGCUCCAUCUUUGACAGCAUCUGGUCCAAGCUGAGCCCGGAUGUCAACGACGCGGACUCGGGCGCAUCGCUGGCCAUCAAGGACGCCGAUCGCAAGUUCGGGCCGGAUGAGCUCCAGAAAGUUCGCCCCCGCCUGUCAGUUGCCGUCAAUGCUAUGGACAAGCUGCUCAAGGAGACGCGCAAGUGCGCGUCGCAGAUCACGACGAAG